CGGAACUGCUUCUCCCAUACCAAUCGAAUGUUAGUUUGACCGUAAAACCUGAGUUAGGGGGUGGAUACAGUUUUUUUUUUCUUUUCCUCCCCGUAAUUCCGUGGUAAAAGUUCAUCUUUGGAGAGACACCACAUCAUCAUAAACAUGCCCAAACACGAGUUUGCGGUGGUCAUGACGUGUGAAGGAUGUUCAGGUGCUGUUAGCCGGAUCCUCAGCAGGUUGGAAGACAUCAAAUUUGAAAUCGACCUUCCGAAUCAACUGGUCUGGAUCGAGUCGGACAAGGACGCGGACGUUCUACUGGAGACGCUAAAGAAGUGCGGCAAACAGGUCACGUACAAGGGCACCAAAUAAACACAGGAUGAGGAGUUUUUGUGGUGCCAAAGGAAGUAAUGAGCUUCAAUCGUGGACGUCAGUGGAAUGACUGAAGUUUCUUUGACGACGUUCUUUAAUUUGAAUAUCACGUACAAUCAUUACUUCCUGCACACCUUCAUGCAUUCCACGCUUAAGCCGUCAAAUGAAGAGCUAUGAAGAUGUAACAAUAAAAAAUAAAAUACACAUUUAUUCAUUUUUGUAGCAAGAAAAAAACAUGAAUUCUGCGUCCUGUGUAUUGUAGGUUAUCAAUGCAAUAAAGUUACAAACAUC